AUAUGACCAUAUCGUUAGAUUCUAUAGGUUGCUAUGACAACGCAAAAUAGUACGUAAACGUAAACAAUACUGUCUUGCUAGGUGACCGGAAUUGUACCUUACUAUCUGGCCGUUGUUAUCCCCACUAUAUUUGAAGCUAUUCAAUUCCAUAGAGAAUACUAUCUCUCUGUUUUAACUGUAUACAUAUUACUACUAUAUUACAUUACCGAUCUCAGCAUUACGCAUGCAUUUUGGGUUGAUUAUGGAACGGAAUGGAGUAUCACUGUCUCACUAUAUCUCUUAAACCAUUGUACGUUCGUUUUAUAAAAUUCCUGGCACAAAUGUUACGUUGUUAGCUGACCAGAUUUAAUUUGGACCAGCGGUCAAUUUACGAGGCAAUAUUGUAUAUGUUGCACCCAAAAAUGAUACAUAACGUCUGGCAUAAAAUAAAUUUUUUAGAUUUUGUUAAAUCUCUUAUGAAUGUUUACUUCAGGCAGUGUUAUAGAAUUUGUAUCAAUUGGAUUUAAACCGUAUGAAUUAAAUGGAAACUCGUGACGUAUCAAUUGAUUUAAAAAAAUUACAUAUAAUCCUGUUCAACAAAAUGUGUCAAAUUGUGUUUACAUAUUGAUCAAAAUAGAUAAAUACGUGUUUCGUAUUGCGGGUAAUCAGUGAGAUAAAAGUAACAUUUAAUAGAAAUUCUGUGAAACAAAUAAACGAAUGCUCGAGGACAAAAGUAUUUGUAUACUAAGGUUAUAUUUUUAACAUAAAGAUAUGUCAUGAAUGACAAACUAAUCACUGUCAAUAAUUCUUGAUAUUUGAAUUUGAAUUAUGUUACUGGAAAUUAUUUGACAAUAAUUAAAUAUGGAUCCUCAGACUAGUAAACAUUUGCAUACAAAACAAAUUAUAGGCAUUUUUCCUAUAUUGGAAUUAAAUGUCGAUGAUGUAGAUGUUCCUUUAGAAAAUCCAACUACAACUUACUUAGAUAUCUUUUUUCUUGUAUCUUCAAUCCUUAUGCACAUCGUGGAUGUGGCAAUUGAUAUCAAUCUUGCUGUAAGAUAUCUAUUAGCUAAAAAAAUAACAUACUUUAUAUGGACAACUGUUUUUAUUCUUUUACCUUCAUUUAUAAAUGUUAUAAUCAGUAGAAGAAUGCAACAACAAGACGACAAGAUAAAUGAAACAUCAAAUCCUUCCAAAUUUAAAUGUGUACAUGCAAUGUUAACAAAAAAUUUAUGUUGCCUUGUACUUGUAGCAUUUCAAUUAGCACCAGUAUUACGUUAUUAUAGAACCUUGAAAUAUGCCCUUUAUGCGUACAAGUUUGAAAAACAAGGCAAUCGUAGUGCUCAAAGACGAUAUUACCUCAAAAUGCUGAGAGAAGAUCAAGAUGUUGCAUUAUUAAGAGUAUCUGAAUGUUUCCUCGAAGCCGCGCCUCAACAAAUUUUACAGUUAACAAUAUUGUUAAAACAUUACCACAGUGAUAUUAACUUUGAAUUUAUUCAUCAGGUAGCUAGUAUUGUUAGCUCCCUUGGAAGUAUGGGAUGGGCAAUGGCUAGUUACCAUCGUAGUAUUAGAUUGGCUCAACAAGAUAAACUAAAUAUCGGUAUUACAGGAACAAUUCUUCAAUUUAUAUGGCAUUUUUGUACUACAGUUUCAAGGAUAUUGUCACUUAGCGUCGUGGCAAGUAUGUGGCCAUUAUACACAGCUAUUGGAUGUAUUUUUCAUUGGAUUUGUAUGACUAUUUGGAUUAUCAUUGAUUCUCGUGGUAUAUUGGAAUUUUGUAGAAAUUCUAAUCAUGCUCCACAUUGUUCUCCAAAAAUUAAAGAACGCAUUUAUUCUGUAUUAUUUUCUAUAGUGAUUGGUGUAAUACAUGUAUUCAUAUAUCUGAAUACAGUGGACGGUAGUACAUUUCUUAAACACGUAUUCUUUUAUGUAAUUUGUUUUGUUGAAAACAUAACAGCAACUGCAUUUUGGAUAUACGCUUCAUCGGAUGAAGUUAAAAAUUCUUGGUACUUUAAUGUACUCAUUGUUCUUUGUAUUGUACCGUUCUUAUUAGGUAUAACAGCUAUGACCGUUUAUUAUGGCGUUUUUCAUCCUUCUUUGAAACAGCAGAAUUGUGCGAAUACAGAAGUCUGAGUCGUCUUUAUUCAUAUUUAAUCUAUAUAUUUAUUACAAAAGAAUUGUACAAAUACGUAAUUUUUUACUAACAAUCAUUUAUUUUUAUCAAUCAUAUUUUUUAUAUUUUUAUAAAUCUAUUUGUACCUGGUAUAAAUUUCAAAGCUGAAGAAAUUAUCUGAGUAAAUAAUUUUGAUAUUAUAUCUAGCAUAUUGUUCAUACAAUUUUUAUUAUAUUCUCUACAAUUGUGUGUGUGU